AUGCAAAAUCGGAAUACCAAAAGCCGAAANAACCAUAAAAGUCCUCAUUUAUGUGGAAGAAGAAGUUUUGCAAGGCAAAGACGUAACAUUAAAAUUCGCACUGGUAAAANACCAUCUCGAGCGGAAUUGUUCAUUGAAACUCGCAAGAAAAGUAAUGGAAAUUUUGUAUCUGAUGAAGCUAAAAAGCAUGCGGAUGAGNUUACACUUUUGUUGGCCCAAAAUCCACNGACGCAAGUGUCAGGAAAUGUCACAGCUUGUUUGGGUGAUGAAUAUUCUCGGGUAUUUGGGCCNGAGCGUUCUGGAAGAGUGCGUUGUGUUGGUCGUGGACCGACGCCUUNNAAAUUANUGAAACGUUCUGUUGCAAUAAGAUCUGAGGCUGCANAUGCUGAAGUUGCUGAGAUGAGAACAAAGAUAACGACAUUGUCUGAUCAAGUCGAAAGUUUGACAAGAAUUAUACAGAAGCUGCUUCCUACUAAUGUUGGUGAUCGGGUGUCUCAAUGGGCAGCUUAUGCAAAUCUGCUGAGCACGCAAAACUUCUCUUUAUCGCAAGACUUUUCCUUGAAGUCACUGAAGAAUAGGGACGACAUUUGGUUUGUUUGGAUUACCAGGAAGUUAGUGAAGACAGGAAGUCAGUGA